UAUAUCAGGAAUCAAAAGAUCAUUCCCCGGCGUGACUUCGACAUUGUUACACGGUCACUAGUGCGAAGGAGUAACCGGAACAUUUUUAUUUUGUUUUCAGUAACUUUUGCAUCCUAUCAUGGAUUCCUUUGAAGAGAGAUUUGCAUUUUCGUUAAACCUUGAUCAAGCUAAAUCAGACGAAGAUCGAUUGAAAACGUGCAUCGAUCAAUUGUUCAAAAAGCCUAUAAUAAUUGAAGAUACAAGAUCCACAAAUAAUGCUGUAAUGUUUGGUGCUAUGGCACGCACAGCCAUGUCGAACAUGGAUUAUAAACCAGCUACCAACUUUUGUACCAAAGGAUUGCAAGAGAUCGUUCCAUACUGCGAAUUGUCUGCAAUGUUAUACUCAAAUCGUGCUAAGGCAUUGGGAUGCCUUAAAAUGUACGAGGAGAGUUUAAUAGAUAUCGAUAGAGCCAUCGAAAUUUCUCCCAAUACCGAAUUAACCAAGAAUUUCAAAGAUAUAAAGAUGGAAUUAGAAAAAAAAGCUCCUCGUCCGAACACGAAACCAAAUAACAGAGAUCACUUCGAGGAUAUACCAUCGCUAUCGCAUGACGAAAACAAAGAUAUUUCUGGUAUGAGCGAUGCUGUUCGCUUGGUUCAUUGUACAAAAUAUGGUGUAAAUUUUGAAGCGGCGAAACCCAUCGGCACCGGAGACGUAAUUCUAAUCGAGAAACCACAAGUAACGUCUAUCUUGGAACCAAACAUUGUUGUUGCGAAUGUAUGUCACUAUUGCCUAAAACGGUACAGAGCAUUACUUCCAUGCGAACAGUGUAAUAGCGCGCUAUAUUGUUCGAAAGAAUGCCGUGCAAAAGCAUAUGAGGAAUACCAUCGAAUCCAGUGCAACUCUAAGAAUUUUCCAAAUGAUGUUCAACUUGUAAUAAAUUUGUUUAUGAAGAUUACGGAAAACGGUGAAAAACUUACAGAAGCCAUUAAAUAUUGCGAGGAGCUAGAUACUAUGAGUGCAGAUCCGAACAAAGAAUUUUGUACGAUACGUGAUAAUUUGGGAGACAAUUUGAAAUCCGUCCUCAAUUUGAGUAUAUCGAUGAAGAAGAAUGACAAGAAAAAUGAAAAAAAUAUAAUGAAAUCAACCCAUAUCGCUUCAUUCCUACGAAACCAGACCACGUAUGUGCAGGGAUACAACGAUAUCUUAAGUAUCGCUAAAUUAUUAUUCCGCUUAUUCUACAUCUUCGAUGUACACGUCUUUAUGGAGGAUAUAUCGGUUGACGCAGAAAGUAUAAGUGGAGUAUACAAUCUGUAUUCCUUGCUUAGCUUGGUUCGUCAUUCUUGUUGUGCGAAUACAGUCUAUUCGAUACACAAGAAUGGCGUGAUAGCUGUACGCGCAGCUAAAGACAUGAAACCAGGUGAACAGAUAACUUUUAAUUUUCUACGUACAAGUAAGUACACAACUUUCGUAAUCGAAUAUUUACCACGACAUAUCAUACUAUGGGAAGAGAAACGUAUUUUAUGCAAUUGCGCGGCUUGUGAAUGGAAUUAUGAUUUUAAAGCUGAGCUUAGUAAGAAAUUAAAAAUAACGAAAGAAUUGGAACGACGCCUACGUAGAAAGCGAUUCGAUAUCGACGGCUUGUGGGAAUUACUCAAAGUAAUUAACAACGUGAAAAGCCGACCAUGUUUAGAAGCAGAACUCUUGAAAGCUAUCCUUCCAGAUAUCUAUUUGGGAAAGCGGGACACUCUACUGGACGACCUAUACCGAUUAAUUGGAAUUUCGUAAAUGAGUCUCGUUCCUGAUUAUUAUACGAGGAUGCGAGCAAAAUGCAUAACAACCUUAAUCUUUCGUCUUUUUAAUGUUCUCUUAAUGUUGUAAUAUUAAUUUUUUACUUCGUAUUAUAUUUUAGUGGCAAAUUUAACGUUACACACAAGAAGUAUUAUUUCUACUCUUUUAUGCGGUGUUUAUAUUUGGUUGCUUAUUAUUUCUAUAUUUAUCCGUCUUAUUUUCUUACAGUAUUUUAUAAUUAUAUUAUAUUUUAUUAUAAUUCGAUACGUUACAAUAUUUCUUAUCCAUACAAUUAGUUUUAACAAAACAACAUUAACAUACCUAUAUAAUGUUAACUACAUAUUAACUUGUAACAUUAUUUUUAAUAUAGUCUAAUAAAAAAUAUUAAUAUUCAU